GCCGUUGUGGCUGCGGUCUCCCCCGCGCGGAUGGUGCGGUGGGCGGGCGAGUCUGCCCUCCGGACUCAGGAGCUGCAGCGGUCUCCGGGAACUCAGCCCAGGCCCUGCCUCCUUGACACACCGACGCUCACGUAGUUCGGUGGCAGCAGUCACCCCUGCCACCUCUCUCCAGGCUCUCCCAUGAGACCUGCGAGCCAGGGCCCGGCCUUCGGCGCCGCAGGAGAGAGCUCUAGCCUAUUCGUCUAGCCCCGUGAUGGCUGUGGACAUAGAAUACAGAUACAGCAACAUGGGUCCCUCUCUGCGCCCGGAGCGCUUUGCCUUCAAGAUCUCCCCCAAGCUGAGCAAGCCGCUGCGGCCUUGUAUUCAGCUGGGCAGCAAGGAUGAAGCCAGUGGAGUGGUGGUCCCCACAGCACAGGAGAAGAAAGUGAAAAAGCGGGUGUCCUUUGCCGACAAUCAGGGGCUGGCUCUGACAAUGGUCAAAGUGUUCUCAGAAUUUGAUGACCCACUAGAUAUUCCAUUUAACAUCACUGAACUCCUAGACAGCAUCGUGAGUCUGACGACAGCAGAGAGUGAGAGCUUUGUUUUGGACUUUUCACAGCCUUCUGCAGAUUACUUAGACUUUAGAAAUCGACUUCAGACCAACCAUGUUUGCCUGGAAAACUGUGUGUUGAAGGAUAAAGCCAUCGCAGGCACCGUGAAGGUGCAGAACCUUGCAUUUGAAAAGAUUGUCAAGAUCAGAAUGACAUUUGACACUUGGAAGAGCUUCACAGACUUCCCUUGUCACUAUGUGAAGGACACAUAUGCUGGUUCAGACAGAGACACAUUCUCUUUUGACAUCAGCUUACCCGAGAAGAUUCAGUCCUAUGAAAGAAUGGAGUUUGCUGUGUGUUAUGAGUGUAAUGGCCAGGCAUACUGGGACAGCAACAAAGGCAAAAACUACAGGAUCACCCGGGCCGAACUACGAUCCACUCAGGGAACGGUUGAGCCACACAAUAGACCAGAUUUUGGAAUAUCCUUUGACCAGUUUGGAAGCCCUCGGUGUUCCUACGGUCUGUUUCCAGAGUGGCCUAGUUACCUGGGGUAUGAAAAGCUGGGGCCCUACUAUUAGUGACUGCAGAUGACAGGUUGAGGCUCUGGUCAAGAUAGAGGAGAGAAACCAAGAGAGGAGCACAGUUGAACUGCCAUUAGGCAUGGUUUCUGAAAGAAAAGGAUCCUGUUCACUUUUUUCUUAAACCAGCAAGCUCAGCCAGGUUUCCAUUAUGGCUGGUUUCUUGCUCAGAGGUGAGGAGGUGUGCUGGUCCUCUGUGGUACCUGGUGGCCACAAGAGAACGCUUAGGAUGGUGCAAGAAGGGUCUGGAGAGGAGCCAAGCAUGUAGUGCUGGCAAGAAUGGAGGAACCUGGCCUCUCCUACCCUUGGACAUGUGGAAAGGCAGUCACCCAGAAGUCACUCAGCCUCCAGCCUCCUCCGACAGACCCUUAACCAUUCACCUCUGGGUGACUGGUCCCAGCGACCCACUCCUGCAUAUUACUGCGGUUCCAUGUCUACUCAGAGCCAACUUUCUGUCGGUGCUGGCCUGAUGCCUCACGUUCCUAACACAGCUUCAGAAGAGGGAUAGGAGCAGUGCUUUCUGUGAAGUUCAUUCUUUGCAUUUCAUUUUCUUCCACAGUCCAUCCAAUGUUCCAGCAAAGAUAAUAAAGCAAAUAGCUUGUGGCUGAGUUAGACAUUUCCUCUCCCUCAACCUGGCCCCACUUGUAUAUUUCAGCAGAGAGCAAUACACCAGUUACUGGAACAUCACUGGUCUCCAUACGGGGUCAUGGAUUGCAGCAUUGUGACAAAGUGGGACAGUUGUGAGUUUUAGCUUUUCCUCUUGGUUUUCGGGGAGGAGCUGUCUAAGCACUCACUUUCAACUGAGCUACCAGAAGGCUCAGUGACAAGAUCAUUUUCACUUGCCUGGCUGGUAUAUGAGCUUCUUUCUUAUGAGAGAAGAAUCAUAGCUCUCCUUUCCUGGAGAGUCCACUUCCAAGCGUGCUUAGGACAUUUGAAUGGCACAGCCAACAUAUCCUCUUAGCUUCCAUAAAAUGCUCAAAUUUGUCUGCAAUGUGUAAUAUUCAGGACACUUUAUAAGCACCCAAAGACAUUGACUGGGUGUUAUUUACAGUGUGUCUGAAAAGAGAUAGAGGAGAAGAACCUCACCAAGUUUUCCUGUUAUUUUAAAUGCCAACUCUGGAGUGUCAGAGAUUAGUUGUUUUGAACCAUAUUGGACUACAAUGCAUGACCAAAUGCAAUUGAGAGACUCCUAGAACAUUCACUGUUGGGUGGAUUCCCCUAAACCUGUGAUUUUUUUUUUCCUGAGCAAGAUAAGAUUACUUAUUAUUUAGGGGAGUUUGAAAGAUAUUUUUACAUGCAUAUUUGUAGAAGUCGGGGAGAGGGUGUUUGAAGUUUGUAAAAUGCCUGUUUUUCUUACUAAAGGAGGUCUCCCUGAGGUAAGAGAGAAGUGAGCACAGAGCUGCAUGGAUUCAGAGGCAUAGCCACUGGACAUGUCCAGGAAAGAGUCCUAUGCUUGACUUUUCCAGAUUAGAUAGGAAAGGUGUCCUGCUCUCUGUGGCCUGGUACAGUAGCAUCAGGCAGGUAUCAAGUACUUUGAUCCUAGAGUGUGUGGUUGGGGGUUAUUUUUCUAUUUUAACUUUUUCACUUUAAGAUGUUCUGACUUUUUAAAUGCUAAGUGGUAUUUUGUGUAAUUUCUUGUCCUUAAAAUGAACUGCUACUGGUCUACAAUCUAUGCUUCAUGUCUUGUACCUCUCCCAGGUGGUAGUGCUCUGGGAUUACAUGUUAAUAUCUCAUGGGAAAAUUGCUUUUGUACCUUAAGCUGAAAUUAGGCAGGGCUGCAUUUUAUCUGCACAUACAUCAAAUAAACAGACGUACUUUAAAUAUUUCAGACUUGGUGACCAGAACUCUUAAUAGCAUAAAUCUAAAUCAGAGGGAAGCAAAACUGAUCUCCUGAGGGUCAUAAAUUUUGUUUUGUGUUAGAAGUGCCUCCUCUCAAUGCAGGAAAGCAGCCAGGUGUGCUGUUACUUACAGGGUACCAGACUAAAGAUCAUUUUCAGAAGAAAAUGACCCCAUGUGACUCCAGAAUAAAGUCUGUUUGGUUGUGUGCAGUAAUGAUCCACAGACAUUCCCAUGUCAAAAUAUGAAAUAUGAUAAUUCAGUGAUGAAUAUCUCUCCUAAAGAAGCUGUAAACCCUCUGCCCGCCUCUUCUUUCUCCCAGCUUUCUUGCUAGGGGCACUGGGUGAAAGUCCCCAGACAGCACACCUGGGGUGUGCACCCCACCACUCAGCAUAGAGGGCAAGUCUUUGCCUGUUUGCCAAGACCCUUCCUCCCUUUAAAGGAACCUGUGCAGUUACCUUCUUCAUCAAGGCUGUCACUCACAGAAAGUUCUGUUCCCCACCCCCAACAGUCUUUCUCUAUUUCACCCAGUUUGUGCUGUGAUUCCCUGAACCUAACUGAGGGACUCUCCUCUUAGCAGUUCACCGUCGUAGACAGGCCUACAACACCUCAGCGAGUGACAGGUUCCUUUCUGGAUCUGUCUUCAUAUAGCUCUUGGUUAUGGUGAUGGGUGACCCCCAGUCUGAGUGUCCUUCCCAUGUUCCCUAUAGACCAAUCUCCUGCCAUAAUCUAGGAAGAGGCAACUCCAUUCUUUGUUUCAUAUUUAUUUCCCAAAAUUCUCUGGGGUGCUUUUUGCAAAAUGGGUGCAAUAAAUAAGCUGGACUAUGUAAAGAUACAUAAUAAGUUUUCCAUGUUUCUUGGAUAAUAAGCAUGUUUUGUUGUUACGUUAUUUUAAGUAUUCUUUAUAGGAAAGCUGGCAAAAUAUAAUAGAACCCUAGUUCUCCAGAAACUCAAAAUCUGAGUCAACAGUGGAAGUUAUUUUAGUCCUGAGAUUUAUUGUAAUAGUGAUAAAACAUAAUACUGGUUUUUUGUUUGAUUGUAUUGGGUUCUUUUUUUUUUUUUUUCCAUUUUGCUUUGAUUUGUGAGACAGGGUCUCCUGUAGCCCCAGCUAGCCUGCAACUCACUCUGUAGACCAGGCUGGGAUUAAAGGCAUGUGUCACCAGGCUCAACUAUGACACAUUUUUUAAAGAUGUAGAAUUUGAAUUGCUUUGUGGUUUUUGAUCUUUGCAUAUUGCUUGCUUUUUAAGAACAAGCUCUAUUUGUGGUCAUCUGAACGUUGUGGGCUAAAUGCUCCUUUCUUUCAGAAACACCAUGUCAACUCUCCUCUUUCAGUGCACAGUGAAGAAAACCCAGGUAACCUUCCAUUUGUUUCUGUUUUUAAAAAUCCUCCACUGGAUGUGGCUUUUUACUCUGGGAGGGUCUGAACAUGAUCAUGUGUCCUGACAGGAUCACUGAAAUUGGAAUUAAGAUGUUAUACAAAUUAUAAGAUCUUACCUAGAAUGGGCUCUUACACAGUCACCCAAAGACAGUUUGGCAUCUUAAGGUGUUGUCCUGAACUGGAGGACAGUCAUCAGGGACUAGCAGUUUCUUCUGGUGGCAGUUGGGAGGGAUCCCAGAGCAGCCUGCACAGCUGUUUUCACAGUUCUGUUGAUGGCUCUGAGAGACCACUGGGUCCAUGAGGACUUCUAAAAUGCAGAUGUGGGGUGUUACACUUUUGCUUUAAUGUGAAUGUCCAACUGAGGACUUGUGUUCAUUUUAUGCCUGAAAGUGCCUUCAAGAAAUUUCUGCAUGUUUUUAAGAAAUAUUUUUGUACACAAUGGUAAAGGGGAAAUGCACUUUAAAGUCACAGGAUGGACUGGUUUUUUGUGGUAUAAGAGAAUGGUUGGCUUGUAUCUGUCUCAAAAGCAAAACUGUAAUAAAGAUAGAAAAAACAAAA